CCGAGUGGAUCAUGAAGCGAUUCUGUCGACUUCAACCUAUGCCAAAGUAGUGGUUACGUGAACAGCCUAUGCGAAUAUUUUUAAUCCAGUCAUUGAUUGAGUUCGCCAGUGAUAAUGUGCUUAUGAAUAUUCCGUUAAGAUAGCCUUCCUUCAAUGGUACGGGAUGGUUCUUUUGUGACUAUGAUCGAACCGAACGGAUCCACGAAAAUAUCGUUGUGAUAGACUGGUGGUAACUUCAGUGAGAUUUGUGUUUUAGUCAAGCUCGAUCCCUCCUAAAAUGCGAACAGGCAAUGGGGACACCUGCGUGGACAUUGAUCACAUGACCCUCGACCACAACCUCAAGAACAAAAAAACAGACGCGGCCGUCCAAACGACUCACCUCGUGCCCUAUAGACUGAGAUUCCUGCCCGGUACAGACUGCGAUGUCAAGUUGAGCCCUUCCGAAACCAGUUGCUCCCUCAAGUUAAAGUGUUGCUGCAGGAUCCUCAGCCGAUGGAUUUUGUCUCAAGUGGGACUGAGCAUAGUCGUGGUGAUUUGGGCACUACUUGGUGCUUUGGCGUUCUUCAGGACUGAGGGGCCAAGAGAGCUGCAACAAUACCAAACCUUAGCCAAACUCCAGAAAGAUCUCUCAGUAGAAUUAGCCACGAAUCUCAAACAAACUGAAGGCCAUCAGGAUGGGUGGCCCGUUACAAUACACAAAUAUUUCGAGAAGCACGAAGUUCUAUUCCUAGAUGCUGUAGGUGCAGGGUUUGGAGAAGGAGGAGGAGGAAAUAUUUGGACUUAUCCAGGGUGCAUUUUGUUUGCGGUUUCUCUACUCACCACACUAGGUUUUGGGGCUCCAGUGCCUAGAACACCCUUGGGAAGGACAGCAGCUGUACUCUUCGCAGCUGUUGGAAUACCUUUACAUUUUCUUCUUAUACUAAAUAUGGGCAACCUAGCGGCUAUUAGGCUUCAACAGUUCGCUUAUCGUGACAAUCUCACGGAAAUACCUUCGAAGCCAAAACCAAAAUGGUUGAAGUACUUUCCAUUCCUCUCUAUGGCUUUCUAUUAUAUUUCAGGAGUUGCCCUCUUUGGUUUUGUGCGAAAAAGACCUGCAGUCGACAGCUUCAUGUUCCCCUUGGACUUCACUGCCGCAGGGGGCGUGGCUACAGUCGAAGGACAAACUCGAAUAUUUUACGCCCUCUAUCUAGAAAUAGCUGUGACUUUAGCAGCAGUAGUCGUAUCUUUACUACAAGCGUCUGCCAGUCGAGGAAUAGUCGACAUCGGACUGAGAUUGGGACUUUUGACAAACACUUGAAGUUCCUAUAACUGGAGUUGAACAAGAAAUUUCGGCCCAUGCACAGUACAAAAUGGCCCCGACAUAUCACUGAGUCAAUAAUCUCAUUUUUGGCUGUUAUUAUCGAUUACAGAAGCUUACUAGAUGAAUUUAGGGUCAUAUUUAAAGGAUUGCAAAGCAAUAUGAUAAUAUAAAUCAGGUUCUGGAAUGGCGCCUAUCCGAGGCUACAUAUGUUCUAUUUCUUUGUCAAACCUCACCUAGUAUAUGAAGCACAGAAACGAAGUUUAUAAACUUGCUUCCACAGUUACUGUCACCUUGUGAAGAGUAUUAAUUUAUUAUGUAUUGUUAUUCAUUAUAAAUAAUAUUUUCAUUUGUAAA